CUAAUCACUUGUUAAAUAUUUCAACAAGAAAUCUGUCUCAAACCCAUUGAAAUCUUAAUCCUUAAUGGAUUAAAUGUUAAAAGUUUUAUUUCAAUGUGAUUUUCCUGAAGGACAGAAACUGGAUUUAGGUUUGAGUGAUCAAGGUGAUUCCAAGGUCGGGCUUAUCACACAGGGGCAGGGUUAUCAGAUUUAUUUUACAAUUGCUUCAGUCAAGAUCUCAUAUUUUCGGUGUAAGAAAACAAAUAAACUGACUUUGUGUCCUGUUUGUGAACAUUAAAGUGUGCUGAACAUGUCAGGAGUGGAAGACAGCGAAUCACCAGAACCCAGUCGACCCCAGUCAGACUGUCAGGAAACAGGUCUCAACAUGAAGGACCUACUUGCACUCCAUAAAAUUAUGAAUAACACUGUGGUUGUCAACGAGGAGCCGGUGAGGAAUGGGGUGAAGAAUAUUGAGCUACGGGACAUAUCCAAGCUCGGUUACACGCCCGUCUACGACAGGGACGACGACAUGGACAAGUACACGGACAAGUACACCCUGGGGAUGCAGAAGGAGAACAUGGGGCUGGUGUCGUCUCCCAGUGAGAGCUUCACAGGGAGCUCAGAGUCUGUGUACAGUCGGGAACAUGUCGCCAUGAAGAAAGGCGUCGGCCUUCUGUCAGGGGUGGCACUAAUUGUUGGAACAAUGAUUGGUUCAGGCAUAUUUAUCUCCCCUAAAGGAGUGUUGGCCAGCAGUGGUUCAGUGGGGGCCAGUCUCAUCAUAUGGACCCUGUGUGGUUUUAUUGCCCUCCUAGGUGCGCUGUCUUAUGCUGAGCUUGGCACGAUGAUCACAAAAUCAGGCGCAGAGUAUGCAUACCUGCAGGAGGCAUUCAGCCCGCUCCAUCGCACCCUGGGACCCAUCCCCUCCUUCCUGUUUGCCUGGACGUCCGUUCUCAUAUUGAAGCCUGCCCUGUUUGGCGUGACUGCCAUGAGCUUUGCAGUGUAUGCUGUGGAGCCGUUCUACGGCAAGUGUGGCCAUGAUGACACCAUAGUGAAGAUCGUAGCCUGUCUCUGUCUAUUUCUGAUAACCUUCAUCAAUGCGUACAGCGUAGAUUUGGCCACAAAAGUCCAGAACCUUUUCACCAUCAUGAAGCUGGUUGCCGUGGCAAUCAUCAUCGCUGGUGGCGUCUACAUGCUCUCGACCGGUAGCACAGAGCACCUGAACACCGGUUUCGAGGACACAACUGAUUCCUUUGCCAUGUUUGCCUUGGCCUUCUACGAUGGGCUCUGGGCCUACGAUGGAUGGAAUAACCUGAAUUACAUCACAGAAGAACUGAAAAAUCCCAGCAGGAACCUGCCGUUAGCGAUUAUGAUUGGGAUUCCUCUGGUGACAGUCUGCUACAUCCUGAUGAAUGUCUCCUACUUUACUGUCCUCUCCAAGUACGACCUUCUACUCUCCAACGCUGUGGCAUCUUCAUGGGGAGAUGUGGUAUUGGGUGGAGCCACCUUAAUCAUCCCCUUAGCGGUUGUGUUGUCGGCAUUUGGGGGAUGCAAUGGUACCUGCUUCACUGGCGGCCGUGUGAUGUAUGUGGCAGCACGAGAGGGCCACCUGCCGGAGGUGUUUUCCUACAUCCAUGUCACACAGCUUACUCCACUCCCCUCACUCAUCGUCUCUGUUAUUCUAGCGUGUGUGUUGGUGUUGGCAGGGGAGAUAUUCGCCCUCAUUGACUUCUUUAGUUUCACGGCCUGGUUCUUCUAUGGUCUCACCAUGGCUUCCCUCAUAGUGCUUCGUGUCACACAGAAAGACAGGCCCCGACCUUACAAGGUGCCCAUCAUUGUGCCAGUGAUCGUGUUGCUGGUGUCAGUGUACCUGGUCGUGGCGCCCAUCAUCCAGGAUCCCAGGAUAGAGUUCCUCUACGCCUUCCUCUUCUCUGUUAGCGGUCUCAUCUUCUAUGUUCCCUUUGUCCUAUAUGGGAAGAAAAUCAAGUAUAUGCAGAACAUCACAUACUUGUUCCAAGUGGUGUUGAUGGUAGCACCAAGCAAGUAUGUACCCACAGAAUGAGACUCGGCCAGGAAAUAGUGCUGUGAAAAGUCAUAGAUGUGUAUGAUGCAGAUAUUAAUUGUUGCAGAAUGCAUUUUCUAGUAAAACGCAGUUGUGACAAUGACAAUGACAUUGAUCAUGUAAGAAUCGGGCAGCUGCCAGCCAUGACUGAAAAACUCAACUUAUUUGUUGAUAUCAGCGGUAAUAACCUUAGCCAGUUGUUCAAAUGCAAUGACAAUCUUGAAAGUACCAGGACAGAAUCUCAGGGUAAUGUCCGACAUGUACAGGAAGAAUGUUCUGAUAUACACAUACAAGUUUGGUAAAUUGCAAGGUAUGUUGACACGAGUCCUUGUGAUGGUGUUCACGAUGUUGCUCAAUAGCUUGAGCUGUUCCAGACACACCUAGAGAAAUGAGAGUGGGGCUAAGAUUCAAAACAGUCCAGCAAUGUUGCAGAUUUUCUAUUCAUCAUGUUGAAGCCAUUCACUCACCUGGCAUCACUCUGGGCUUUCACUAUAUAAGGCCACCAUGAAUGAAUAAAGCCGUCUGCUUGUGAUGGUCCCCCUGAUGGGUUUGUUCAGGUUUUGAUUCAUUUGCCCCCUGUAAAGCUGUAUAAAAACAGUAAGAAAAUCAGGCAACAAUAUUUCAGUGUUAACUUAGCUCAGGGGUUCUAAAGUUUUACGUUUCUAGAUUAUUUUACAGUUGUUAAAGGUUUUUUUGCUUGAACUUUUGCAUCAAAAGUAGUAGGAAGAACCUUGAAAUGAAUAAAAUAGAUUUUUAAAAAUUCUAAAGGGUUGUAAGACCCUUUACCUUGUUUCAGGCCCAAAUCCCUCAUACUUGCAGGUCCCCGCUGUUGUUUUUUCCACUAUUGACAAUAUUCAGCUGUUAGAACCCCUAUGAUCUAUUUAUAGCUCUGUAAAUAGCUUUUAUUUAUUUAUUGACUUUGAAUCUGUGCAGAGAUGUUUUGCCUCUCAUGACCAUUGCUAUAUCCCAUCAGUAUCAAUAAUACCAGAGGCAUAGCUGUAAUAUUACAAGCCAAAAAGUAACAAAAUGGGUUUCAUUGCUUCAUAGACUCAUUGUGAUUUCAUCAACUGAUCACAGCUCAUCUCAUUUCUUGUCUGUGAUGUUCGAGUUAGGUGGCAUAGGUUUUCGCGUUAUUGUCUGUAUAUCUGUGUAUCUAUGCAUCAUGAUGUGUCAUUAACAAUGCAAUUGUAAUAUAUGUUUCAUCUUAAUUUUAUCUUUUUCCAUUUUUCAGUUUUACAUAUCAAUUUUUUAUGUCUAUUUUGUUCUGUUUUAAAAUAAUCAUUAAUUAUUCUAUGUUGUUGUACAGUUUUUCCUUCUUUUCAUUUUACUUUUUACUUUUACUACAUGUACUGCCAAAAACAGAAGGUAGAUGUAGAUGUUAUUUAAGCAAGGUUUGACAAUACCACUCGUUUCGUUCAAUUCAUUCAUCUUUUACCAUUUAUCAAAACAGUUCACAUUGUUGUGUGUUUGUAACAUCAAUGUGUGAUUCUCAUUCCUCCCUUGCAUAUAGUUCAACAAUCAGUAUUACACCAGUGAUUCAUUCCCAUAUGUCUUGUUCAUGUACAAGUAUGCGAUUUUUAAUUCGUCAUAUUUUCAAAGAAAGAAGCAGGGUAAUGUUGUGGCAUAGGGGUCUUUAAAAACAUAAACCUUUGCCCCAAUUAAAAAAGGGCUCAAUAUAUUCUCACAUGUUUCCAAAGACAAUAUUCUCAUAUAUAGAAAAUGCCAUAAAUCUGGCCUUAAUUAAUUGUUGAGUUAUGCCCUUUGCUUGGCUGACCAACAAAAAAACAACAAGAGUUGGCAUUCAUUCCGUGGUCCUCUUGUUUAAAAUAUUAAGCACCUACUUGAGGCUGUCCCUCUUCCUCUCGGUCUGAUACAAAUUGUUUUGGAGUUUAAUGUAAAUCAAGCUAUUUGUAUGCAUUACUUGGCUGACAAGAAUGCUAAACAAGAUGGUUAUCAAAGAUCAAUUUCAAGUUAGAUUACUGAACAACUCAAUUUAAAAUGGUAAAUACAUUUUGCAAGAAUGUUUUGUUUGAAGGUUUGAUGCCAAAAUCAUGUUUGAAUGAUACAAACAUUCUGUUACCAGACUGAAAAUGCCAAACUAAAUAAAUAAUCUUUCGUAUUGAUUACGAUAUUGCACGCCAAACAAGACUUAUUUUUCUUCUAAGCUUGUCCUCCACGCAAAUUCCUGUUAAAUCAGAUGUUCAAAUAAAAUGAAAAAUUCCAUAUUGUUUUUCUACCAAAAUGACAAAUGGUUAGUGUAGUGCCAAGUUUGUUGCUUCUUUUAAGGAUUUCUGUUUUUGUUUCUUAAAAUCUGUUUCAUCAAAUGUAUAUUAAAACUUUGAUAUAGCAUGACGAAAGUUAUUUAUGACAUUCACUUAUUGAUUCUACUUCCUUGCAUAUGAUAAUGUUGAAGAACAAUGACAGAUAUAUAAUAAGAUGUAUAAUUAGAAUUUAUUUUGAAAACAUGUAUGCCAAAGAUUGUGUAGUACAUGGUUGUCUGUGAUAAGUUAGAUUUUUUUCUAUACCGGUGUUCUCCUGUCAUAGUAACCAAUAAUACUUUUUUCUUUUUAUAUAUGAUGUUAAUGUACAGAUGUAAGAGUCGCUGGUUACUUGCUUCCUUUGUUGAAUAUUAAUUCUCCUACAUGAGUGAUCUAUUUUGUACGGUAGGUUUAUAUCAGAUUGUGAAAAUACAAUAUUGGCAAAAUGUCAUGAAGACAUAAUACGCACGACUCUGUUUUCACAAUCUCAAGAUAUUCAUUAGCUUUAAAAUUGUUAUCCCAUUUAAUCCCUUUUUAAUUACUAACGAGAACACAAAAUGAGCAUUAAUUUAGUGUUGUAGAUACUGUAUAAUAGUAUUUAACGGAUAAAUUGUGAGGUUGAGUCGAGUUUGGUGGUAUAUCUUGCUCCCAUGUGUGAGAAAUUUAUGUACAUAGAAGUUCAUCUUGCAUUUAAACUAAACAUGUACCAUGUUCCCACUGCCUAAUGCUUAUUUAUUUGCCAGCACUUGCAAACUGCCACAUAGCCUUAAUAAUUCAAGUAUUACAAGAAUGCGUUUAUUGUUUAUUGUUAUUACUUGCCCAAGUUUGAGAAUGUCGCAAUGUUUAUGACAUAAACCAUCAGGCAUUAUUUGUUUGCUUUUACGUAUAUGCUGUUGUUAAAUCAUGACUUCAUCUAGUCUGACAUUCCAAAAAGCGAAUCAAAUGUUUUUUUCUUUUGUCUCAGUGUAUAUAAUUAUAUGUACAUAGUAAUUAAGCUUUAAUUUUAAGGGAAUUAAGAAUGAUGCACAAUUAAGGCACUCUCUGAAUACUGUCGAUUUCUAGUUUACCAUCAAGUGUUAGUGCCUUAUGAUGCUGUUCAUUCUUCUACUCCUUCAUGCAGCUCUCAUAUGGUGUUAAUGGAUACAGGAAUAUUUCAUGUCAGGUGCUAUGAAUUAAAUGUGACCAAAACUGUGCUUUACAUGCAAAUGUUGCUUGGUUGAUUUAACGGAUGAAUCUAUGUUCACAGUUGUGUGCUUUUAUCCUGUUAUGUUACAUUAUUAUAAAGCAUGUUAUAGAUUAUAAUAAAUUGAUCAUUACAUUAAAAAA